CGCUUGGCAACCGGGUCGCCCGGCAACGGGAGCGCGCUGCCGGCUGACUGGCGCCAGGAGACCCACCGAGCUGAGGCAGUGGUUUCUGCAGAGCUUCGUUUUGAAAGCUAGAGAGCCGCCCUCUGCGGGAGUGGAAAGAUGGCCGACGCACGGAUCUCCAUGUACUUGCCCCCUGAUGUCAACCCCGCCCAGGCUGCCAUUGCCUAUGGCUGUCGAGCCCUGCCCAAGCUGAAUGAGGAGCUGCAGUCAGAGGACCUGGUGACAAGGCAGAAAGCCCUCAUGGCCCUGUGUGACCUCAUGCAUGACCCUGAGUAUGUCUACGAAGCCAUCAACAUAGGCUGCCUGAAGAGCCUGAAAGCUUUGCUGAAGGACGACGACGACAUGGUGCGGAUCAAGACCACCGAGGUGCUCUACAUCAUGGCGACCCACAACGUGGGCAGAGACGGCUUUUUAGAGCACGACAUCAUCCUUGCCCUGUCAACCCUGUUGGACGAUCCCAACCCGAUUUGCCGGGAGAACCUGCAUCAGGCCUACAAGCACCUGGCUCAGCUGCCUGCAGGGGCCCAGGGCAUCGUCAACAGUGGCCUGAUCACUUCGCUGGUGUGGAAGCUGCAGAAGGAGGACGAGAAGGUCCAGGAGCUCAUCCUGGACACGCUGGCCCCCUGCCUGCAGGAGGACGCCACCGAGGCACUGAGCACCCACGUGGUGCCCUUCCUCAAGCAGAAGCUGCUCAGCGCCAAUGAUAACAUCCGCAGCAAGGCCGCCCGUACGCUCAUCGCGGUCAGCAUCCCUCUUGAGGGCAAGAACCAGAUAUGGCAGCAUGAUGUCAUCCCCAUCCUGGUGCACCUGCUGACGGACAAGGUGGAGGAGGUGCAGGCCAACGCUGCCGGGGCCCUGAUGUACGCCGCGGUGACCACAGAAGGCAAGUACGCGGCCCUGGACGCCGAAGCCAUCAGACCGCUCCUGGAGCUGUUGCUGUACUCGAAAGUAAGCAAGGUGCGCCUCAACGCCACCAAGGCCCUCACCAUGCUGGCCGAGGCCCCCGAGGGCCGCGCCUACCUGCAGCUCCACGUGCCCACCUUCCGCGUCCUUGAGACAGACAGCAGCGAGGCCAUACGGCGGGCAGCCCUGACUGCCCUCAAAGUCAUCGAGUGGAAGCCCUGAGCCCCCGUCGGGCCCACCCGAUAAGCUGCCUCCACGCCGGAAUAAAUGGGGCCCUCCCUCUACCUGGGGUCUGAGUGACACUUCCUGUGCCUGGAGGCCGAUUGCGUCUCCCCUCUCUAUCGCCAGGGCAACACCAGGCCUAGAAGAACCAGGUC